AUGACGACUCUCAAAGUUGCCGGCUCCCUCGGCACCGGCCUGCUGUCAGGAAGGUUCAGUCUUCUGUACUGCAGAGUUUGUUCAAGUGCUGUUAGUAACACACCUAAACAUGCCAGAUCUUACAAGUCUGUUAGUGAAAAAUCAUACUCAAGUCGACAAGAGGCCAGUGAACCAACAUUAAACAGUGCGGUGUACAAGUCAAAGUACCUAAUAUGUUCAGUGCCCGUGCCUUAUGGGGCACUACCAUAUAAUAGUCCUCUAAAAUAUGGCAGUCACCAUGAACAAUUCACUUCUCACAAUUAUUUCCCUUAUUCUGUGAUUCUAGAUCAGAAAAUUUUAAGCAACUCUCACUACCAACAGUUUAGGACUUUUCAAACUUCGGUUUCCUUGAGAAAGGAGGAAUCCAAAGUAGAGAAGACUGUGAAAGCUUUGAAAGAUAGUGCAACCGAGAAGCAGACAGCGCCCGUUGAAGCAGAGGAAACAGCUGUUGUUCCUGCUAAAAAGUCCCUGUUGCAGAAGAUUGUUGGAGUCUGCAAACAUUACUAUCAUGGCUUUCGACUCUUGGCUAUUGAUGUCAAGAUUAGCUCCAAGCUGCUGUGGCAGUUGUUGAAUGGGAAGACUUUGACCAGAAGAGAGCACAAUCAGCUUGUGAGAACCACGGCAGACAUGUUUCGACUGUUCCCUUUGCUGGUGUUCAUUCUGGUGCCCUUUGCAGAAUUUCUGCUGCCUUUCCAAGCUGAAAAGGAGAAAUUUAAGAAGACCCUGAAAGCAAAAAUUGAAAUGGCCAAGUUUUUGCAAAAAACCAUCAAGGAAUCUGCCGUUGAAGCCAAGGGGAAACAGGAAGGCCAGACAGUGGAGUCCUUUGCUCAGUUUCUUGAUAAGAUAAGAAAGGAAGGAGUAAAACCGAAAACAAAAGAUAUUAUGAAAUUUGCAAAACUUUUCGAAGAUGAGAUUACCUUGGACAACUUGACACGUUCCCAGCUGCGUGCCUGUUGCAUCCUGUUGAAUAUCACGCCAAUUGGUAGCGAUGCACUUCUGAGAUUUAUACUUCAGAUGAAGCUUCGUGGUCUUCGUGCAGAUGACAAGAUGAUCCAGAAAGAAGGUGUCGAGAGUUUAAGCAUCAGUGAGCUACAGGCGGCAAACAGAGCACGGGGUAUGCGGGCCCUAGGGGUGUCCGAGGAACGUUUGAGGGCCCAGUUGCAGCAGUGGUUGCAGCUGCACCUGGAGGAGAAGAUUCCUACAUCUUUGCUCCUCUUGUCCAGGGCAUUGUAUCUGCCUGAAACACUUUCUACAGAAGAGAAACUUGGUGCUACUAUCACACAGCUAGCAGAAAGUGCUGCUGAUGAGGCUAAAGUUAAGAUGGCUGAGAUGACAGGUGAAACUGUAGACAACAAGACAAAGUUGGAGAUCAUAAAACACGAGGAGGCUAUCAUUGCUGCUGAGAAGGAGGCGUUGGCCAAAGAGGCUAGGCUUCUCGAGCAACAAGGUAUUCGGGACCAAGCUGAAGCCAAAGCUGCAGAAACUGCUAUGGAAGCUCAGUUGAACCUGGAUGAUACAGCCAGAAGCUUGGAGACAUCACCUAGUGAAAUCCUGAUUGAUCAUGCUGAAGCACUGCAGGCAUCCCCAAGUGAGAAACUGAAACAAGAAGAAGCAAACAAGAUCUCUGCCCAGGAUCUGGAUGAGAUGGAAUCUGUGCUAGAAGAGAUAGCUAAAGAGAGAAGGCUCAACAUUGAACAAGAUGCCUUGAAGGGUCUAAAAGAGGAGGUUUCGGAAUACAAGGAGGACCUGGAGGAUUUGAAAGAUGUGGCUGUAGUUCUUGGAGAGCAGCAAAAGCAGUUUGAGGAAUCUAAGGCAGCUCGGAGACUGGCCAAGAAGGUUGAUCGCAUGAUUUCUAGACUGGACACGGUCAUGACCGGUCUUCAGGAAGAGAAGAGUAGCAUUCAGGAGAAAAUGUCCAAGGAGGAACAGACUGUGGAAGCGGUUGGGGAUGUUACACAACAGGUCCAAGAAAAAAUUGAUCAAUUCAAAUCAAACAUUAUAUCCAUUAAUGAAAUGAUUGAUGCCUUGAAGCGCUUGAAGAAAGUUCCCAGUGAUUCCAAGCUGCAUCUUAUCUUCCAAGUUCUUGAUCAAGACAAAGAUGGGAUCAUUGACAUCAAUGAUGCCUUGCGGGUACUGGAGCUACUCAGUCAAGAGCAUCUAAAGUUGAGCGCAAAUCAGUUAGAUGAAGUGCUUCAUCUGCUGAAACAUGAAGCCAUACUGGAGGAAGAAGAGCAAAGGAAGGAAAGAGAGGAAAGGGAACGGAGAGAAACAAAAGAAAAACAAAAAGAGAAAGAACAGACACAGGUCUAG